CCGUCCAACUAGCUUAGCUCGGCCACGCGUUACGGUUCCACGAGAGAUUUCAUUAUCUUGCUGAAAUUUCAUUCAAAGGUAGAGCAGUGCUAGCGACUGUUUUUUUUUUAUAACCAUAAAAUAUAAACUCAACUGGCCUGUUUACAGAACUACACAGCUUCAACCAAACAAUAAUGUUAAUCUUGUCACUCCUUGUCAAUCGGUGACGGUGUCACUCGUGCACUCAAUCAAACUGUAUUUUUGUAGUAGGCCUGCUGCUUGUGACAUCGACAGUGUGUUACUGUUCUGGUUAGAGUUGGCUGGUAGUGUGUAGAGGAGGAGAGGGGAAACGUAACCACCAGCAUGCCUAUCACACAACUCACAACAGCUCAACAAGGUGCCCCUUCACCAGGGUAUGGAGCGCCCCAACAACAGGGCUAUGGAGCACUCCAACAACAGGGAUAUGGGGCACCCCAACAGCAGAGCUACGGGGCACCACAGCCACAGGGAUAUGGGGCACCCCAACAACAGGGCUAUGGGGCACCUCAACAACAGGGCUACGGAGCUCCCCAACAACAGGGCUACGGAGCUCCCCAACAACAGGGCUACGGGGCACCCCAUCAACAAGGAUAUGGGGCACCUCAGCCACAGGGCCAAGAACCACCCCCCGGCUAUGGGGCACCUCCCCCUACACAACCAUCAGGAGCAGCAGCAUGGGUGCCUGGUGCCGCAUCUACAGACGCACCCCCGUAUUCCUGGGAUACCAUCCCGGACUCUGACCCAGAGGACGAUGAGAACGCGACGGAGGAAGGAGGACCAAAUCCUGACCCUCGAGAAUUGGAACCUGUACCGGGCUACGAGACCGUUGUUUUUAACAGCGGGCCUCCCGUUCCUCCACCGGCCUAUGAGCCUCCAACAGAGAGCAGUUGCCCACAGCAAAUAUUUGACUCCAAUGACGGAAUAGGGGAGGAGGCUGUGAGAGCAGCCAUCUUGGCCUUCGUUGACAAACACUGUUGCUAUGGUUCCAGACCAGCCAAGAACAUGAACAUCACUAGGACCAUACCAACUCACGCGUUUCAUUAUCUCUUAGAAACCUUCAAUGAGUCAAGGACAACAAGUCGUAAGUUCCUGCCUUAUAGAGGUGGAAUAGUGGACGGGCCGCUAAAUGGUGCCCCACCGCCGCCAUGGUCGAUGCACUGCAUGCCGAAUACAAUGUUUGAUACACACGAGAAGCAACUGGAAGUCCCACACACAUCAUAUCUUAAGACUUGCCAUCGUUGUGCUGGGGCAGGUUUUGUACAGUGUGGGCGCUGUCAUGGUCGAGGCAGGGUUCGUUGUUCUUCAUGUAGUGGGAGUGGAAGAAGAACUGUUCAUAGGAACGGGAAAUCUAGACGAGUGUCUUGUUCCUGGUGCCAUGGCUCGGGUAGAAGAAGAUGUACACGGUGUGGAGGAGAUGGCAGAGUGACUUGCCCAACUUGUAGCGGAUUUCGCACGCUUCGUCAUUUUAUUCUCCUUUCAGUCAAGUACGUCAACAAUUUUUCUGACUACAUCUUGGAGCGUUCUGAUAUGCCUGACGAGCUGAUAAGAGACGUCAGUGGGCAGGUUGUCUUUGAGCAGACGCUCCCUUUUGUGUGGCCAAUCUCACAGUAUCCCGUCACUGAGGUGAACGAAAACUCAGUCCGGCUUGUUAGCGAGCAUCGUACUGCAUGGCCAUAUGCAAAGACGUUACAUCAGAGACAAACUCUUCGUUCAGUACCUGUAACCGAGGCUCACUAUGAUUGGAAAGACGUGAGUACACGUUUCUGGGUGUACGGCUUUGAACACAAGGUCCAUGCACCAGACUACCCACACCAAUGCUGCUGGGGCUGCAAUGUACUGUAAACUUGAUGGAGCAACUGUAAGAUGUCUUCACCAACCUGGCGUAACGAGGCAGAGUUAUCAAGCUUAUCAACAGGAGCAGGAGUGUGGGUUCCAGUCCUGGUUUGACACUCGCAGGCAUAAGGUUUAUCCCGAUUCAGAACGGCAAUGCUUUGUGGGAAAGGGUAUGGGGCAGUUUGCUAUGCGAUGUAUGUUGUCAUGCACGACUUGCGCACGCAUCACCUAUAUCUUUGUGUGAGUUCAACAGCGCCCUCUCUUGAUAUUUUGCUAUUGGCGAUAAACCUUAUGAUAUUCUUCUUACUUUAAUCUGGUUUCUUGGGAAAAUCUGAACACUUGUGAUUAAAGGGCUUGAAGCGCCUUUUAAAGCCUAUACCAUGUCUACACGCAGGUCAGCCCCCCAUACUCCAUAAAAUAUUCCUACAUUUUUCCAAAUAACAUGCCUACAACUAAAACACUUCACAAUUAUUGCCGCAAACUGGAUAGGGCGUAAAGCCGUGGGUACGGGUAUGGUGUAAUGACCCAAACAAAAAAUAUCUCAGUUACACUUAUGACUAAGAGACGGUGGUUUAUUUGGCCUGAGUCUCUCUGGCAAUUGCGCAGCAGCACCUUGUAAAGCCUUAUUAGGGUGCUAUAUAAAUGUGUCUCAUAGGACCUACAUAAAAUUGUUGUACAAUUAGCUAAGAACAAUUACUUGUGCACAAAAUUUAAUCAGGAAAAAAAUAACAUCAAAGGUACAUGGAAACUUAUAAAUUCAUUACUCAAUAAGCAUAAACAAAGUUUGAACCCCACUUAUUUUUGUACUGAUGACAAUAACAAAAUUACUGCUAGGAAAGACAUUGCUGAUGCCUUUAACAAGUACUUUGUUGACAUAGGGAGUAACCUUGCCAGCAAGCUACCAUUAUGUAACACCCCUGUUGAAACAUUCCUUGGUGCAAGAUGUUCGAAUUCACUCUUCUUGACACCCAUUACGCAAGGAGAAAUUGCAACAUUGAAUAAACGUUAAUAUCUAUCUAUCUAUAACCUUACUUAAAUGUGUUUCUCUUUGUUCAAUUGCCUUGAACACCUUGUAUAAAGACGGUCUGUCCCUAUAACUAGAAGGUAGGGCAGGGGAAAGCUUAUUAGCUGUGGUUGUCCCACGUCUGUGGAAUGAGCUUCCUUGCUUGUAUGAGAGAAGCGAUCUCGUUGCCUGUAUUCAAAUGUCUUCAUAAGCAAUUCCAGGGUCAAUUUGUAUGUUGUACAUGUUUGUUGUAGGUUUUUUGUUUUGUAUUUAAUGUUUCCUGUAAAAAUGUGCUAUUUUUCAAAUAGCGCUAUACAGAUGCUCUGUACUAUUAUAAUUAAAUUAAUAUAUUAAUAUUAUUAUUAUUACCAUCUUGAUGCAUCAAACUAUUUGAUAAAUCUAAAACUUAAUUACCUCCAGGUAUUGGCUCUGUGUAUUUCACCUUUAUAGGCAAAGUAUACCUUUGGAUUUAGGACCGAUCGAUACAACAAACUAACCUGUGAAACUAGUGGAAACUAGGGGAGCGAAUGUGUCCAUGCUGGAAGAGUAAUCCCUUAUUAUGUACGAAUACUCAAUCAAAAACAGAAACGUUAAUCAAAGUGAUGCUUUUCAUAACCACAUUACCUUGAGGGACAAUGUUUUUCUCAAAAUGCUGUAUUCUAUCAAAACAUUCUGUGGGCCUCUAACCUAAUGUUUUUACUGCCAUUAUUGUUACGAGUGAUUACCAAAUGUUCAUUUUCCAUUUACCUGUACUGUAAUGAUACAUGAAGCUGUUUUAAUGCACUUCAGCCUUAUUAUCAAUAAGAAAUAUACAUACUCUGUAAAUAUUUUCUGUAAUUAUUUAUUUACUUAAAUCAAUGUUCAUUUCUUUUGAACUCAAGUACUGUAUGUGUUCUAUUUCUGUAGAUAUUUGUUAAUAGUACUACAAGGGGGCAGCACAUGGUUCAGUUUACCUGUAAGUACAGGUUUUCCUGACCAAUGUCGGCAAAUCAUUAAUGCUCGUCCAAAGUCACGCAUUUUUCUCUAAUCUACUCAAAAUGUGUUUUAUUAAGAUGUCAAUGCAUUCAGUUUUACUAGAAUUUUUUUCUUGUUCAGAUUUUUCCUUUUUUUUUCAGAUUGUUCCAAUGUUUCCUUGUUCAGAUUCCGGUUUUGUUUUGUAGGCAUUUGAGACUACACUUUGACCAUUCUGAAGUUUGAUUCCGAUCUUUUACAAUUAACACUAAUGUUCGACGCAUGCUUUAAUACAAGACAUUAUAACUAUUUAAUUUACUUACUGUACCAUUAAUUUUAAGUCAAACUAAAGUUUGAGUUAUAUAGGCAAUGUAUACAUACAGUUGUUUCUUGUUAUAACAAGAUCACUGGGACUGGCCAAAUUACCAUUUUAUACCAACAAAAUUAUGAGAGGACAGCAAAAAAGCAUAAGUGACAGUCAGGUCUCCAGGGUGUACUCUUGAUAACCAUGCUCUUUUAAAACAAGGGUUGACUAUAUGUAAUUUUAAAAACUUGAACAGUAUUAACAAAUUCUAAAUAUUAGGACCAAAAAGGCUGUGUAGUAAGAAGCGAGCCCCACCCCCCCCCCCCCUAAAAAAAAACAGUUAAGAGCCUCGAUUCUUGGACUCAAGCUUUUUGUUUGGGGCCUCACAGGGUCACACUCGGGCUUCGCCACAACACUGCUAGAACUUAUUAUUGUGACCAAACUUUGGAUAGUUGAAACAUUUUGUGUUGUUUUAACGUAAAUGUUUUUUGUAUUAAGCGCCUUGAGGCCUACCAUAAGGCGCUAUAUAAAUAAAUAUGUAUUUAUUAUUAUUAAUAAUAUUAAUGUGCUUUUCAUCUUAAAAAUUAUUCUCAAGCAGCUUGUGUACUAAAUGAAUUAUGCAUCAAACUGACAUAAAAACAAAAAACAUGUUCGUUGUCAUUCUAAAUGUUUGCUGAAAGUCUUGUCAAACAAAUAAAAACAGUAAACUCUGCACUGAGAGAUGGAAAAUGUAGUUUCUAGUUUAUUUUAUUGCAGUCAUAUUCAUAUCUUCACACUUUACAGACAAAUAAAAUAUAGAGUGAUAUUUUUCAAAAUUUCAAUACGAAAAAAGAAACUUCCUGAAAAUGCUCCUCUUGAGUGAAUUGUUUACAUCCUUUUGAACUUCCGUAAAAACUCUACAUAAAUACAAAUUAUUUCAAAGAAAACAAAAAAUAAACGUUUACUUAUAUAUAAUAUUUUUUAGCAUUUUUGUGUUUUUAAAACUCCAAAUGAAAAAAUGCUGAUUGUCAGAAAAUAACAGCUUUGGUUAAGUUGUUUAGCAAAAAAAAAAAGGGAGCAGUAGGGCACCAGCACUGCAAAUGUACAUUAAAAUGGCAUUUCAGCUGGUAAACUGCGGGUUCGUACAGAGUGCAAUCUCACUAAAAUGUGAGAUUUAACGUCUUCUUCUAUUGGUGUACAAUUCAUGCCUACAUGAAGUCUAGGCUCUUUGGCUCUUUUGUCAGAAAGCGAUGUGACAUGCACUAUACUGAUUGUGGACAAGUUGUUAAUGGUCUGUUGCGGUGAGAUAGUCGAGUCGUGUUGGUGGGGUAAAAAUUCAGGUUUCCGCAAUCGAAACUCAUCGAUAAUAAAGUGUUUAUUUAUAAUCUGGAAAAAGGCCUCAACUAUAUACAUAAAAUGCCAACCCUGUAAAUCUUUGGUAUAUUAAUACCUGCUAGGAAUAUUUUGGUCAAAAACUAAUAAAAAAAAUCCUCCUCAUAAACAUGUAUAACACUUUUUUGUACACAACUUCAAUUACACAUGAAGAAAAAAUAUAUACAUGUAAAACCAAAUGAGGUUGAAUUUGACACCUCAGUUACAAUAUCUCAUUUCACCCAAAACAACUUUAGUGUAAGACUUUUUUUCAGUUGGUAUAAGGCACUCACAAUUCUUUUUGUGUCUUAAAAUUACUGAAAAGAUUUCACACGUGGACGGAUCAAAAAUAUUUCGUAGUAUUAACAAAUUAUUCUACAUUUUUUUAUGACUGUUAAAGGUGCAGCAGUUAAGGCAUAUUGUUCUCCAUCACACAAAAGAACAGUCAGUGAUCAUUUGCCUGCUUACUUAUUUAAAGGAACGUUACAGAAUUGGUAAGAAACAGAAAUCGUGAAGAUCACAGAUUGACAUAAAAUUU